GCCGUCAUCAGGGAGGUGAAGUCGCAGUCCUUGGGGGAGGCGAUCGACGGGGCUCAGGGCACCAUCGGACCCCCCGCCCAGUUCGUGCAGCGUUUGGUCUCUCUCACCAUCGAGGCGCUUAGGAGGAAGGUCGUCACGCAGAAGUGGAUGCAGAUCUUGGCGGGCCGCUGGGUGCGUUGUCUGCUCUUCAGGAGGGAGGCGAUGACGUGCUUCACCGAGUUGUGGCGAUUCUUGGUCCGCAUCAAGGGCCAGGCUUCUUUGCCUGCCAAGGUCCGCGAGGAGCUCAUCGCGGCUCUGACGCUGCUGCCACUACUGCGCUGCGACCUACGCGUGCCCAUCAGCGGUCUGGUGACGGUUUCCGACGCCAGCGUGCAGAGGGGCGCCGUCUGCCGUUCCGUUCUUCUUCGGCGAGAUGAAGUCGCAGCGGCAAGGGCAGCGAGCAGGAGGCUCGUGACGGACUUCCGCGACGAGGCCAAGCGGGUGACCAAGUACGCGUGGCCCGAGGUGCUGGAGGUUGGCGACGCGCAGUCCUUCGGGCACGCUGAGGCGAUGGCGAUCAGAGACCGCGUGCCCCACACCAAGUGGAUCCUCCUCAUCGGCGGAAGCCCGUGCACCGACCUCGCUCGCAUCAAUGUGGAGCGCGUCGGGCUUCAGGGAAGGCGCUCUAAGCUGUUCUUUGAGAUCGCCCGCGUCCGUCUGCUCUUGGAGGAAAUGCUGGGUGAGUUCUUUCGGCUCGUGACUUUGAUCGAGAACGUGGCCUCGGUGGGCGCCGAGCCGCGCAACGUUAUGAGCGAGCGCCUCGGUCACCGGCCAGUUCGUGUCGAAGCUGGCUGCAUCGCGCGCUGCUAUCGCGACCGCUUGUGCUGGAUCGACGAGAACCUGUUGUGCGAGUGGCAAGGCGACGUCUCCGUCUCCGACGGCGUCAAGAUGAUCCAUGUGCCUGGGGGUCCUGGCCCGGUGAGGCGCUGGAUGCGCGACUUAGGUGGCGGCGCCACGAUCGAGGAUGCCAGCGUCACCCUCGACGACGUCAACCUCGAUGAGGGCGUGCCCAUCAGGCAGCACAACUUGGAGGAUCCGGACGCGGCGCUGGACCCGGUCAUCGUGAUCGUGGAGGAGCUGGCGCGUCGGGCUGAGGCUCGUGGCAGCGACGUCAGGCUGGGCACCUUCGAGGCGAUGCGGCCAGAUCUGUGGCCAAGGAGGCCGAUCAGCGUAGCCCGCUGGACCUGGCGCGCGACCGCCAUCUGGGAGUGGAAGAGACCCUCGCACAUCACGGACCUCGAGGUCUGCGCGGCCGCCAGAUGCCAGUGCGUAGACCUCGCCGCGUGCGAGCGGCAGCAGAUCAGGGCACACGUCGACACCUUCGAGCUGCUGCGGGGCUUGAUUUGGACGGGUGCUUCAGAUCACGUCGACAAGCUUGACCUCCUCGUGGCCGAGCGGAUCGAGUGGCUCUGGACCGAGGGCCACCUGCAAGGCCUGGUGGGCAACGCUUUGUCGGCAGUUCAGUUCUUCUUGCGGAAGAAGCGGAUCCUGCCAGCCUCUUGGCGACUGCUGCGAGCUUGGCAGAACCUCGAGCUGCCGCAGCGCGCCCUGCCAUUGCCCGAGGUGGUCCUGCUGGCGAUGGCGGCCACGGCGAGGGGCUGGGGCCGUAAUGACAUCGCAGUGCUGCUCGUGCUGGGCUUCGCAGGCUUCCUGAGGACCACUGAGAUGCUGACGCUGCGCCAGUGGCAGAUAGCUAUCGAUGAGGCUCGCGCCAAGAUAGUGAUCAUUCUUCCGAUCACAAAAAGUGGCUUGCGGUUCCAUCGGCAGGAGUCAGUGGUGAUCGAUGACCCGUCAGUUGUGCAGCUCGCCAGUUUCUUGCUUCGCCAUCUGAGUCCUGACGCUCUCAUUCUCAACUCGAGCAUCAGUGAAUUUCGUGACAAGUUUGAGCCGUUGUGCACU